AAUUCCACAUGCAGAUGGACUCUCUCCCCCCUUUACUUGUCGUCUUCUUCCACCCACAUCCUUAUAAAUCUUCUCUCUCGUCGUCGUCGACAUCACCGAGAGAGAAUCAAACAACAACCAAAAUCUGGAAAACUGGAGAGAAUUCAGAUGAAAAAUUUGUAGAGAGAAUUUAAAUCAUGGAGGAUGAGGAUUUGAAAGCCAUUGAAGAGAUUCUGAGAGAGGAUCGAUACGGUGUCGUAUCAGAACAGAAUGAUGAUCACGGCUGGCAAACAGUUUCCUAUCAGAAGAAAAACCGAAGAAAGCAGGUUAAGCAGACGCCGGAGAAUUUUUCAGGUGGAAUUGGAGUCGGUGUUUCCGGUGAUGUUUUUCUGUCGAUCGAGCAGCAUUCUGAGGAUCGUCGCCGGCGUUUGGAAACUCAGAGAGCAGCCAUUGCCGCUGCUGUAGGAGAUAAUUCUGCUGUGGCUGGUGACGGUGAGGACGGAAGCGAUGUGGACGGUGACUUUCCCGGUGGUGUUGUUGAGAAUGGAGAUGUAAAGAAGAGUAAACCGAAGAAGCCGAAGAAACCAAAGGUUUCGGUAGCCGAGGCAGCGGCGAAGAUUGAUGCCUCUGAUCUCUACGCUUUUCUCCUUGAUAUAGAUGCUUCGUAUGAAUCGCAGCAGGAUAUACAGCUAAUGCGUUUGGCGGACUACUUCGGGCGAGCUUUUUCAAAGGUGAAUGCAUCUCAAUUCCCGUGGAUGAAGAUUAUCAAGGAGUCGUCUAUUGCAAAGAUGGUAGAUAUCCCACUUGGACAUAUAGCUGAAGCUGUUUAUAAGACAUCAGUUGAUUGGCUAAACCAGCGAUCUCUUGACGCACUCGGUGCCUUUGUUUUGUGGUCCUUGGAUAGCAUUCUUGAUGACCUUGCUCUUCAUCAAGGACCUGUCAAGUCAAAAAAGAUGGUUCAGCAAGCACCUCCAAAAUCUCAGGUUGCCAUAUUUGUGGUUUUAUCGAUGGUGUUGCGACGCAAGCCUGACGUGUUGAUCAGUUUAUUGCCUAUAAUAAAAGAGAAUUCAAGAUAUCAAGGACAAGAUAAGCUUCCAGUCAUAGUAUGGGCAAUCAAUCAAGCCUGCCAAGGGGACUUGGUUUUGGGUUUGUUCAUGUGGGUACAUUACCUCUUGCCGAUGCUGAGCAGUAAAUCAAGUUGUAAUCCACAGUCCAGAGACUUGAUUCUGCAGUUGGUUGAGAGGAUUUUAUCUCCCCCCAAAGCUCAUACUAUUCUAGUGAAUGGUGCUGUCAGAAAGGGGGAGCGCCUAGUGCCUCCGUCCGCUCUUGAGCUUCUGGUGAGAGCCACUUUCCCAGCACCUUCAGCUCGAGUCAAGGCAACUGAGAGAUUUGAAGCUAUAUAUCCCACCUUGAAAGAUGUAGCUCUUGCUGUUGCCCCUGGAAGCAAAGCAAUGAGACUAGUUACGCAGCAGAUAAUGCCUUUUUCUGUCAAAGCUGCUGGGGAAGGUAUUCCUGAUCUAUCAAGGGAAGCAAGUGAUUUAUUUAUUUGGUGUUUGGCACAAAACCCAGACUGUUACAAGCAAUGGGACGACAUUUAUUUGGAUAAUAUCGAAGCAAGUAUUAAUAUUUUGAAAAAGCUGUCGGAUGAAUGGAAGGUGCACUCUGUUAAGCAUGCUAAUCAUGACUCUUUGAAGGUGACUUUAAAGAGUUUCAAGGAGAAGAAUGAGAAGGCAAUGGGUAGUGAAAAUGAUACUGCCCGAUUAGCAUCCUUGAAGGAUGCGCAGAAGUACUGCAAGAUAAUACUGGGACGAGUUGUGCGAGGCCAUGUAUGCAUGAAGAACAUCGUAUUUGUAACUGUUGCAUUUGCCAUCGGUGCAGCUUUCAUCUCCAAGGCCAUGCCGUCUUGGGACUUGGACAAACUGUUCGUAAAACCUAACUUACCGUAAACUUUCACACCUUCUUUAGAAAGGCUCUCCAGCCGAUGAUGGUUCAUGCCACCAUUUAAAUGCAAUUAUAUCCAGCAUAGACAAGCUAGAUGGCCCAGUAACUAAAAUGGGUAGAGGAUGAGUUCAAUUUAGAACUUUCUAGUGAAGCUCAUCGGUUUUAUUAACGUGGAUAUAGGAGGAGCAGCAGCCAAAGUUCGUGGUAUGUCAUUUUACAAUUUACAGUGUUUUGUCUUAUCUUAAUUAUGGAACCCUUUUAUGACUUUUUGUGAUAGUGACCGAGUUAUAGUGUUUUUUCCUUUGUCUUCCGAGUGUGUAAAAUGGUUAUACAUACAUGCCAUGAAAUGUUGCUCAUUCCAUUU